GUGAUGGCACAGAGCAGCUGCCUGUGGAUGCUGGUUCUGGGUUCGUGCGUGUCCCUGGGGCUCGGUACAGACUGCAGGAAGGAGUGUGCACGCUGUGUGCACCGUCUGCAAGGACAACAGUCUGCCCUCUCAGCUCUGACAUGUUCACUUGAGUGCAAGGGUACCUUGGAUCUCCAGAAACUGCACAUAUGCCAGGACUUACUGUUCGAGGAAGAUAACAGCAUUUCUCUAGAUGCUGACUCCCAUCAACAGCAGGAACAGGAAGCAGUGGGUACCAUGAUGUCCAAUGAGGCUGCAGCAUCAUCUGAACGUCAGAUUGUCGAGAAGUAUGGUGGCAUCAUGAAACGCUAUGGAGGUUUUAUGUCCCGUCGCUCCUCUGCUCCCCCGGAGACAAAGAAUGAUCUGGGUAACCAGGAUGAGGAAGAAAACAUCCGCCUCAGAAUCCUAAACAUCAUCACUUCUGCCAGAGAACAUGGCAGUAAUGCAGAGAUGCAUGGAGACACAGCAUUGGGCAAUCUGCUGGAUGAAGUGUUGGGCCGUGGGCUCAAGAAAAGAUAUGGAGGCUUUAUGAGGCGUGUAGGGAGACCUGAGUGGCUGGUGAAUGGAAGCAAAAGUGGGGGGGCACUGAAAAGAGCUUGGGAGGGUAGUAAUGUGUUACAGAAAAGGUAUGGGGGCUUUAUGGACUAA